AUGUCUCUCCCAGCCAAAAUAUGGCACCACAUCUCGACUUUUGUGCCUCUUUCAGAUCUGAAAGAACUUUAUGCUGUCAACCAGGCAUUUUUUGACAUCUCGAUGAAUGCUCGUUACCGGGAGCUACGGUUUGAACAGUUAAACAAGUUCGUGUUUCACCAGCUAGAAUCUCUGAGGAAUCGUGAGAUUGCUAGUAGAGUUCGAUCCUUUCACCUCUCGCCUCGUGUCAUCCGGGACCAACUUGAACUUGAGUACGAAAACGAAGAGGCAGCAGCUCUGAGACUGCAAGAGACGCAGAAACCACCCUCUCGACUGAGGAGGAUAGCUCGUCGGCUAUUCGGUCGUUUCAACCGUCCAGAUGAGGACGAGCACCGCGGUUCCAACGAUUCGACGAGGACUACACCCAUCCUCGACGCGAUCUCGAACGUCAUCCCACUCAUGACCAAUGUGCAGCACUACUCGGUGAAAUGGUCUCGAUUCGACGACUUUUCCGCACCCUACGCUGGUUUAGUCUGGCAACUCUUCUCAUCCAACGUUGUCGAUCUGGAACUUGCGAUUUCCGCCAGCCAGGCUUCACAACUCAUGACAAUGCUCUCCGUACCAAUCCCGCAGCUCGAAAGCCUCGCCAUCGACCUGCUUAUCGACACUCCGUUCCUGAAGUGUCAGGUCGCUCUUGGGCGCCUCGUUAGCGCCGUCCGGGGGACAUUGAAGAAGCUGCGAGUGCACAGCAACCCCUUUCUGCCCUUAUCGACGUUAUUUUCGCACAUGCCCGAGUUGCCCCGUCUGGUAGACCUUCAAAUAUGCAUCUCUGGCCCGGGUAUGCAUAUGGAUGAUGUCGCACUCGCACUCGUUAAGCGCCAGGCUGCACAUUUACAGAAGCUUUACCUAUCCUCAUUCAAGCUCGGGUUUUCGCAGGCCAAAACCUCGUUUUGCUUGGAUGAGGUCGUUAUGCCAUACCUCCAUUCCCUGGACAUCGUUCCCGAGCUUCUGAAUUGCCCCGAGGCUCAAUUGUCGACGUUCUUCAGCACCCAUGCAUCUACGCUCAAGCAUUUCUGUAUACAAGGAUUCUGGCCAAUGGAUGGUCCGCAAACGGUGCUAGAGAGUCUUGGACACCGCAAUCCGCACCAUUCACUCACACGUCUUUCGUUGUAUAUCCCCUUCCAAGCAAAGGUUCUUGACCGGCUCGCGACUAUCUUCUUUCGCCUCGACAGUCUCUGGUUGCGAAUCGGCAAAGUCUCCUCGAACUCUCAAGAUACUCAGGUGAUACCCAGCGAUUCAUUCCCUGACAUCAACUUCGUAUUGGAGUCGCAAAGUUCACAUUUCUUGUUGCAAGACAUGGGGCAAUAUGAAUCGUUCGAACGAUGGAAAUUGCGCAACAUCAUGAUCAAGAGAUAUUCCUGCUGCGGGGACCUCAUUUUAUGGGGUCUGAUGCGCCUCUGUGCUCACUACAUCCCCAGCAUUACAAGCUUUGCAGAGAACGGGGAUACGCUUAUACCAGAUCCUCCAAAUUUGAAGCCACGUCGGGGUCCCGCUACGUGCUCCGAUGUUUUUUGCCGUUAUGGAAAGGAUAACUGA